AGUUGGUUGAAAAGAAGAAGAGAGAGGCGGAAAUGACGUGAUUUUCGCGCGAAAACAUCUUUCCAGCCUUCUUGUGACUUUCUCUGGACAUUUUUCGAUUUUAAUUUACUGCAAAUAAACGGCCUAGAUCGGAUUUAUUCCUGGACAAAGGUUUUAUUACUUUUUAUAUUUAUUACGAUUUUUAUUUAAGCUCGUGCAGGAGGUGGCAGGAUGAAAUACUUCAUGAGAGUCAAACGAGUCUACAAGUGGCGUGGAGAGCCUGUAAGUUUCAAUAGAAAGCUAAGAACCAACGAAUAUAACUCUCUGGCCAUCAGUGUGGAGGGUCUCCCGAGGACCACCGUCAUAAACAUUGGUCAGCACAUCCUCAUAGAGAGCGAGGACGAAGACAACCCAUAUGUGGCCAAAGUCAUCCGGCUGUUUGGUGAUGAGAGCAGGGAGCAGAAGAAGGUGGUGGUUCAGUGGUACACCCGUGUGUCUGAAGUGCCGUUGAGCAAACUGAAGCUGCUGGGCAGAGCGCCGCACCCACGGGAGAUCUUCUACUAUCAGGGCCGCAGCUGUGAUGAAGAGGUCAAUGUUGAGUCCAUCCUCAGACCUGUGCAGGUGAAGCACCUGGAAGGAGCAGCUCCAUUCCCCGACUCUGGCGACAGCAACACUCUGUACGUGAAGCUGUCCUGGGACUCCAAGACCUUCAAAACGGUGGACUCUGCUCUGGUAGACUCUGACCUAGCUCCAGCUUCUGCCCCUCCUUCCUUUCCCAAACCCUCCCUCCCCCCCUCACCUCCCUGCUCCCCACCUGCAGCGACUCCAGCAUCUCGGGGCCUGACCCGCCGUGCCCUUCCCACUCCGGAUCCCACAGUCCUGCGCCAAGCAGCAUCAGGGGAGGUGAGAUACAGCAGAGCCACAGCAAGCGCGGGAAAGCUCAGAUACGCUGCCGAGGCUGAGUCUCUGCAUUCUGCCACCAAACUGUCAGCAUCAAAAUGUCUGAGUGCCAAGAGGAGGAACGCCAUGGCGAGAACACCAGGGGUCCGCAAGAAACUAGAGCUCUGCAGUCCAGAGAAGAAUUCAAUGAGCCGCGAGGACGUCCUGAGCCAGCUACUGAAUGAGGACCUGGAAUCUGAGGCUUUGUUAGCUCAGCGUCUUUCAUCCUCUCCCCCUCGGACGCUGUCCCUCGGCCAACGCCUCACCCCUGUCAGGAAGUCCCGCAAAGCACCCUCAGCUCAGGACGCUCCUCCCCUGAUGACUGCCGAUGUCGUCAUUAAGAAACUGUCGGCCUCUGGGGUGGACAGUCCUCCAUCGUCUGUCACCAGAGACUCCACCAGGGAGCUGCUGGAUAGAAGUCCUCAGCAAGGUGAUGUGAUGGAGGCAGGGUUACCGACCGGCUCGGUUAAGACCCCAAGAAGAAGAAAUGCCACACCAAGGGGGAAGUUUGCCACCAGGGGGCAGAAAGCUUCCACUCCUUCUCGGAAAAGAGAGACCAAACUCCAAAGGGAACCAGCUCUGGGAGCACUGGCCGAGGUGGAUCAUGAAGACUCUCCGGUCUCCACACCACGAAGCUCGAAGAGGAGAUCUGCCCUCCUGGGGUCGUCCCUCAUCAAAAAGCAGCUGAAUAUCCAGAAGGACCUGGACUCGGACUUGGACGCAGACUCAGACGAGGACAACUUUGUCCCAUCCAAAAAAGAGCUUCAGAGCAGCAGUGAGGAGGAGGAAGAGGAGGAGGCAGAGGAGGGUCAAGAGGAGACAGGGAGUGACAGUGAUGAAGAAGUAGUGGUGAAAAAGCGUCGACGUGCUGCUGCAGCGUCUCGCACUCCUCGGUCGAAGCAGCGAACCUCGACGAGAACACCUCGAAAAACUCCAAACAAGAAGAUCACACCUGGCACACCACGGACUCCUCAUCGAGCUACUCCCAGCAUCCCCAGCAGGUCUCGGCCAGCCCAACAGCCUGCUAAUGUCCUAGAGGAGGCCAGGACAAGGCUGCAUGUGUCCUCGGUGCCGGAGUCUCUGCCCUGCAGGGAGCAGGAGUUUCAGGACAUCUACAGCUUUGUGGAGAGCAAGAUCAUAGAUGGCACAGGAGGGUGCAUGUACAUCUCAGGUGUGCCGGGCACUGGGAAAACCGCCACGGUGCACGAAGUGAUGCGCUGCCUGCAGCACGCCGCAGACGUGGACGAGAUUCUUCCUUUCCACUUCAUCGAGAUCAACGGGAUGAAGAUGACUGACCCUCACCAGGCCUACGUGCAGAUCCUGCAGAAACUGACAGGCCAGAAGGCCACGGCCGACCAUGCAGCCGCUCUGCUGGAGAAGAGAUUCAGCAACCCUGCACCCAGGAGGGAGAGCACAGUGCUGCUGGUGGAUGAACUGGACCUCUUGUGGACCAGGAAACAAAACGUGAUGUACAACCUGUUUGACUGGCCAACGCGGCGUCACGCCCGCCUGGUGGUGCUGACCAUCGCCAACACCAUGGACCUGCCGGAGAGGAUCAUGAUCAACAGAGUGGCCAGCAGACUAGGUUUGACCAGGAUGUCGUUCCAGCCGUACAGCUUCAAACAGCUGCAGCAGAUCAUCACCUCCAGGCUGAACAAGGUGAAGGCCUUCGAGGAGGACGCUCUGCAGCUGGUCUCCAGAAAGGUGGCCGCUCUGUCAGGCGAUGCUCGGCGGUGUUUGGACAUCUGUCGCAGGGCAACUGAGAUCUGCGAGCACUCAGCCGCCGACCGGUCUGCUACUGGAUUGGUCGGGAUGACUCAUGUGAUGGAGGCGUUAAAUGAGAUGUUUUCCUCCGCCUACAUCAAUGCCAUCAAGUGUGCGUCAGUCCAGGAGCAGCUCUUCCUCCGGGCAGUCAUCGCUGAGUUUCGGCGGCUGGGAUUGGAGGAGGCCACCUUCCAGCAGGUGUUUGUGCAGCACCAGGCCCUGUGUCGGGUGGAGGGUCUGCAGCCCAUCAGUGUGUCGGAGGGCCUGGCCGUGUGUCAGCGUCUGGGAGCCUGCAGGGUCCUCCUGCUGGAGCCCAGCCGCCUGGGAGUCCUGCAGCGAGUCCGCCUCAACGUCAGUCAGGACGACGUGGUCUUUGCCCUGAAGGCUGACUGAAGGAGGGGUCUUGUGAUAGAUUAUGAUAUUGUUUUUAAUAGUGUGUACUGUGUUUUACUGUCUUAUCUUUGAUUGAUAUUCAAUUCCAACUUCUUAUUUUGGGAGAAUAUUUCCUGUAAAAAUAAAAGUCUCAUUGGCAUUCUUUUA